CAUCUAUUUCCAAUAGAAUUUAAACUGUUUUCAUCUGUUUGUUUUGAUUACCCUCUUACUUUCGAUUUCGAAAUGAUAUUUUGAAAUAGUAAAACAUUAUUCCAAUUCUAAAAACAUACUUCUUUUAGUCGAUUAAAACCAAACAUAACGAUCAUGUCUUCCAGAAUAAACUAUAUCAUAGUAUAUGGUAAUGUUUAUGAUCCAGUCGUACGCAUCUGCAAUACAUUACAUAAUGGCAUUUAAACUGUUCGUAGACAUUGCUACGGGGCGGAACUUGACAUCGGCCAGCAUACUGCAGCUUCAAAUGAAGACAAAGGCAAAAGAAAUCCGAGAAAAUCGGACCAAGUACAUGCGGAAUUACGAUACAACAGCAGGCACGUCGGCCUUUCACAUGCCGAAGAUACCACAGGUACGCACAACAACAUAUGAACAUGCAGAUGCUAUCUGGGAUGGUGAUCUUGAUUCCAACGUAGAGGCAGAUGCCUUGCCAUCGUUGGGAAAUAGCUCAAUAGCCAACAUAAAAGAUGAGGCAUUGGAAGAAUCCAGUUCAAUGGCAUGUCUACUAGAACAGGUCGGUGAUGUGAAUACUUCCAUAGCCAACAGUACAGAUGAAGCCUGUGCCAAGGUCAGAGACGAGGGAAUAGCAACUACAAUAGAUUGUGUCGAAGAGAUUAAAAAAACAGCAGCGCUUUGCAAGCAAGAUCUUACAAAGACUGCAUGUAUCCCCCCUCAAGAAAACGGUUUGAUGGACAUUUUGAUGUUCCACUCGGACAUUGAUUGCCUGAUAGCACAUCAGAUUUGUGAGAAGAUAAAGACUGAUUUGAAGUCAGAUCUUAACGUAACUAUAGAAAUGUAUGAGGACUUUGCGAUUGGAAGAUCACUCCUUGGUAGUAUUGAUGAUAUAUAUAAUCAGUUUAGAUGGGUCCUGUUUUUAAUUACCCCUGAAUAUGUUCAUCAUGGUUUGCAAAAUUUCCAAGGUGAAAUUCUGCUGACAAACCUGAUUGAAGAGAAUGGGAACAAGGACGGUCGUUUUGUACCUUUAUUUUAUAAUGUUGAAAAGAAAGACAUCAGUCGAAAAUGGUUGAAUUCAAUUGGACCUUUUAACGAUUGUGAUGCAAAUUUUACAAACAGGAUUGCUAAGCGUGUCAGAAAAUUAAGGUCCAAAUAUUGAACACAUUCAAAACUAAUUUGAACAUAGGCGUUAUAUUGAAUUGUGUAUUUCUAGUGUUUUAGUGCGGUAUUGAUGCUUAACAUUUUACAGUUCUGUAUGGAGCUCUACAUUAAGUGUUUUCGUCGGCGCGAUCACUGCAUGAUUUUAAUUUGUUUAUUUUCCUCAACAUGCAACUUAAAAUUGUUUAAUUUUAAAUGUUAAAAUUAAACUUGUGUUUAGUAAUUUAUGCUGUUCUAUUCAAUCUCUUACUAUAAAUAAACAUCAAUACAAAUUAUCAAUACUGAACACAUUGCAAUUAAUUAUUGUCAAUAAUUGUAUAAGACUAUUAUAUACUGUAUACAGUAUAGUUUGUUAAAUGACAAACGAUAAAUAUGUAUAAAUAUGUAAAGAAAUAAUUCAUUUUAAUAAAUUAUUUGCAUGACUGAAUAAAAAUAUGUCCCUAACAAAAGCUAUAACAAGUAAACGUGUUUGUGUUACUAUUUAUUUUUAUAAUUAUUAAAUGUGUACCAUUGCAAACACAAAUUGUUUUCAUAUUUUUAUCCCCAAUACUAUGAAAGACAAUUGACAAGAAUACAUUUAGUACUCACACAGGCAUAGCUAAUAUUUUAAGGUAACUUUCACGGAAUUACAGGAAAACAAUAAUGUAUUUCUUCGUUUUGGAUUAAUAUAAAAACAUCCAUUAUACAUCAAUUCAUUCAUCCAUUUUCUAAGCACUUUAACAUAAUUCGUCAACAUGUGCAUAGUUCACAAGACUUAUGAAGAUUUUGGCGCUGGUUUCAAGUUCGUAAAUGACAUUUUUUCCUGUUCCAAAAAUUAAUUAGUCUAUUAAUGUAUGUUACUGCUUUAUGAGCAGUUUAAAGUAGUGUGAGGUACGUACAAUUACAAUAAAGUUUUAUCUAACUGUAAACAUGUAAUCGACAUUAAACAUUAGCUCGUUCUCAAUGAGGAUUGGUUUGAGGGCUAUUUCGAGCUCGGUUUUAAUACGGGUUUCAAUACGUUACCUUACAAGGAAUAAGACAUUUUUAAAACAGUGAUGCUUUUAUUUCACACUAAAUAUAUUAUGUUUCAUGAAAUAAAAAAUGAAAUAAAGAAAGGUUGCGUUUCUAUAAUUUUCUAAUUGACCGGAACAUAUUACAUAAUAAAUGAAAUAUUCUCUUACGCCAUUGCCGUGUAUUGGGAAAUCUCUUCUAUAGAUGUUGAUUAAUACGGUAUU